AUGGACUCCAAAGAAGUCAGUCCUAGAAUCGUCUGCACCUUUGACAAUUGCAACCGUACCUUCGCUACUCAGAAGGAACUUCGAAAACACAAAAUCCAGUUCAUUGACCAUGAAUACUGUGCGCGUUGCGACCUGGACUUCGAAGAUGAGAGGGAAUUGUUCGCCCAUAAACUCGAGAGCAACAGCCAUAUUGUCUGUCCUUGCUGCGGAGAAGAAUUUAAAAGCGAGGGGGGCAAGAACACACAUUUUACUCAGUUCCAUAGGGCCAACCAAGAGAUGGUCUGCCACUUCUGCUCUGCCAAGUUCAGCCGUGCCCAUGCGUACAUGUGUCAUAUAGAAAACGACCAGUGUCCGUCGUUCUCUGCAGAGCGGUAUAGGGAACAGCGUGUCAAAAAGGAAGCUCUCAGGACCGUGAUGUCCCGGGUCUUGGACCCUAUUGGAAACGGCUUGGAGCUUCCUGGUUCAUCUAUCACUUCGAGCGUGGAUGGUGGUACUGGCCUCUCUCUCCUAGAUAGGCAUGAAACGAUGUCCACGCUGGAUGCGAGCAGUAAGCCGGCCGCCACAGGGAGCAGUGGUGGAUGGGACACGGCCUCUGUGCAACUCCGCGGUAUGAGCCUCUGGCCAACCCUCGGAGAAGGGCAAGACGUGGAGAUGGACCCGGAGGAGAGAGACUUCACGACGUAUUCUGACGCCGGAUUUUGCCGUGAUGAGGAGGGAUCUAGAAGCAGUUUCCGCACUAGCAACAGCGGCCAACAGAUAACCCCGCGCGACAAAAAAGCCCUUUUGAUCGAUUUUGACGAGACGUCAUCAAAGGCAUCCGAGAAAACUUGGGGAACUUGGGAAAGCAAAUUUGCCGCAUCGCCUAUUCCUCGGACAGGCGGGGCUGUCGAGAAACGCCAACAGGAACCAUGGAGUCCUUCUAAGUUCUUCAGUCCCGCUAUGGGCAAGUGGGUAUUUGAUAGUGAGAAAGGAUUCGAGAGCCACAUUAAGUCUGGUAUCCAUAUGGGUGGUGUUUUCCGCUGUCCCGGGUGCUUGCGCAUGUUUAAAACUAGCACAGCAUUGACAGCGCACUGCGAAUCCGCCACGGUGCGCUGCAAAGUGAAUAAGGACGAGAACUAUGCCCGCAUAAUGGAUGAAAUAUCCGCCGGACUGAUCGAGCCAGCCGGAGAGAAUGAAGAUGGCUCUAUCAGGUAUCGAACCGUUCUGCCAUCUCAAACUGGAAUUGAUUGGAAGAAAGUUGUGUGGUAA